AAUUUUAGGGUUUAUAGGCCCCGGAUCGGCGCGGAUCGUCAAUCGGCCAUGGCGGAAUUCGCCGAGAUCGAGGCCGCGGAUGGGAUCCGGAUGUCCUGGAACGUAUGGCCGAGCAGCCGCGUGGAGAUGGCCAGGUGCGUAGUCCCCCCCGCCGCCGUGAUCUCGCCGCUCCAGCCCCUCGCGCAACCCGAGGCGGUGCUCCAGUACCCGCCGCUGCGCUGCCGGACGUGCCGCGCCAUCCUCAAUCCCUUCUGCAGCGUGGAUUUCGCGGGCAAGAUCUGGGUGUGCCCCUUUGAUUUCUCGCGCAACCAGUUCCCGCCCCAUUACAGCGAGCUGUCCGAGAGCUAUCUUCCUGGCGAGCUCUACCAGCAGUUCACCACGAUCGAGUACGCGCCUCCGGGCGAUCGAGGGCUGCCGCCGCUCUUCCUCUUCGUCCUUGACACUUGUUUGGUGGAGGAGGAGCUCACUUUCUUGCGGACGUCGCUCAUCCAGGCCAUCGCGCUAGUUCCUCCCAAUGCAAUGGUGGGACUUAUCACGUUUGGGACACACGUCCACGUCCACGAGCUCGGGUUUUCGGCCUGUGCCAAGAGCUACGUGUUUAAAGGCUCGAAAGAGGUGACCAAGGAACAGAUAUUGGACCAGCUCGGGCUCGUUUCUUUCCACCACAAGAGCGCGGGUGUGAUUGCCGGGCCCAAGGAUGGACUCUCCGCCAGCAGCAUCAACAGGUUUUUGCUUCCUGCUUCCGACUGUGAAUUCACUCUAUCAGCAUUGCUCGAGGAGCUACAAAAGGAUGCUUUUUCGGUUGCGUCGGAUAAGAGAGCUUCCAGAUGCACCGGUACUGCGCUGAAUGUCGCCGCUGGGCUGCUCAAUGCUUGUGUCCCUGGCACGGGUGCUAGAAUUAUGGCCUUUGUUGGCGGUCCAUGUACCGAGGGGCCUGGAAUGAUCGUUGGUAGCGAACUAUCGGAACCAAUUCGUUCGCACAAGGAUAUUGCAAAAGACGCAGUGCCUUACUUUCACAAAGCCAUCAAGUUCUACGAGGGAUUAGCCAGUCAGCUCGUAAACCAAGGCCACGUACUUGAUGUUUUUGCUUGCUCACUCGAUCAGGUGGGAUUGGCAGAGAUGAAGGUGGCUAUUGAAAGAAGCGGGGGCCUUGUCGUCUUGGCAGAAAGUUUUGGCCAUAUGGUUUUCAAGGAGUCCUUGAAGCGUUUAUUCGAGGAAGGGGCUAGUUCGCUUGGCCUGUCUUUCAAUGGGAUCUUCGAAAUAUCAUGCUCUAAGGAAGUGAAGGUUCAAGGAAUUAUUGGUCCGUGCUCGUCAAUGGAAAGGAAAGGACCCUCGGUUGCCGAUACUGUUAUCGGACAAGGAAACACUACAGCUUGGAGAAUGUCUGGACUAGACAAGAACACGGCGUUGACAGUGUUUUUCGAUGUAGCCUCCCCGACUACACAAGAAGCAUCCAAAAGCUUCUACUUACAGUUCGUUACAAGUUACCAGCACAGUGAUGGCCAAACGAGAUAUCGGGUUACCACUGUUACCAGGGCGAUGGUAGACGGUGCUAUAAACACAGAGAGUCUCCAAGAAGGUUUCGAUCAGGAGGCAGCAGCAGUCAUCGUGGCAAAGCUAGCUUGCCAUCGAAUGGAGGCUGAGGACGAAUUUAAUCCCAGUCGAUGGCUUGAUAGGUUAUUGAUUCGACUAUGCUCUAGAUUUGGUGACUAUCGGAAAGAUGAUGCGAGCUCUUUCCGUCUGAGCUCUAAACUCUCGCUCUUUCCCCAGUUUAUGUUUAAUCUUCGGCGAUCUCAAUUUGUUCAGGUUUUUAACAAUAGUCCAGACGAGACUGCGCACUUCAGAAUCCUUUUAGACAGAGAAACAGUGACGAAUUCCCUGUUGAUGAUUCAACCGUCUCUCGUGUCGUAUUCCAUGAGCGCUCCACCUUCGCCAGCGCUACUGGAUGUGGCGGCCAUUGCCGCUGAUCGUAUCCUUCUCCUGGAUGCGUACUUUAGUGUGGUUAUAUUCCACGGAAUGACGAUUGCACAGUGGCGAAAUUUGGGAUACCAAAACCAACCUGAAUACAAGGAUUUUGCGGACCUUCUUCAAGCUCCUCACACUGAUGCGGAAGCAAUUUCGAAGGAAAGGUUCCCCGUUCCACGCCUUGUCGUCUGUGACCAACAUGGUUCUCAGGCCCGAUUUUUGCUAGCACGGCUGAAUCCAUCGGCUACAUACAACAGCGCACCGGCUGGUGCCGAGCUUAUAUUCACGGACGACGUGAGCCUUCAAGUUUUUCUCGAGCAUCUUCAAAGGCUGGCGGUGGUUGCGCAGAAUUGAUGCGAUUCAUUUGCUGAAAUAAAAGUUCUUAUUUUACCUCCGACCA